AUGGGGAAUGUGCACUUGGAUCUAAAUCAGGUGGAGACGAUUGGGGAUGCAUACAUGGUGGUGAGUGGAUUGCCUGUUCGCAACGGGAAGGCUCACGCCCGGGAGAUCGCCCGGAUGUCCCUGGCUCUCUUGGAGAACACGCAGCGAUUCCGCAUCCGUCAUCGUCCCACCGAGCAAUUGAAGCUCCGGAUCGGGCUCCACACCGGGCCCGUCUGUGCCGGCGUCGUCGGUCUCAAGAUGCCUCGCUAUUGCCUCUUCGGCGACACCGUCAACACAGCUUCCCGGAUGGAAUCCAACGGACUUCCGCUGAUGAUACACGGGAAGGGGAAGAUGACGACGUAUUGGUUGCUGGGAGAAGAAGACCCAUUGGAAGGUCCUCCGCUUCAGAAUUCCCUCAAGGAGAAUUGUAUCAAUGCCUUGGACCUAGAAAAGGCAAAGGAAUCCCGGAUGUGAACUCGGUCUCGGAACCUCACUUCACCUCACCUGAUGUUGAUGAUGACGAUGGAUCUCGUCCCUUCCUUCUCUCUGUCUGUCAGGGGGAGCCUAUGUUUCCUAAACUUGGAAACGAGAAUGGUGCUGUUCCUGCAAAAGGCGGCUUUCCGCUCGUGAAAACACAGACAAGGAACUGGAAGCCUUCCUCCUGGAAGUCUUCUUAUUUUGUUCUUCCCCAAAUCUAGUCCGACAGAAACACGCGACGAAAGUACGUGAUUAAAUCAAUUUGUAUCAUACUCUAGUGAUGUCUAGACGUAAGGGACGAAUUCUCCCUCCUCCGACUUUUUUUUCCUGCCCCAUCUCUACGACAGAGACGUGAUGUCCCUC